UGCUGUGUUGUGGUGUGUAGCUGUGCUGUGUUGUUGUGUGGUGGUGUGUAGCUGUGCUGUGUUGUUCAGUACUAUAGAGCAAUGUUGUGCUGUGUAGCUGUGCUGUGGUUGUGCAGCUCCAUGUUGCUACGUGGUAUAACUGUGGUGCUGCAUUGUGUUAUGUGGUGGUGUGUAGGUGUGUUGUGUUGUUGUGGGGUGCUGUGUAGCUGUGCUGUGUUGUGCAGCGCCAUGUUGCUAUGUGGUUUAACUGUGGUACUGCAUUGUGUUGUUAUGUGGUGGUGUAUAGGUGUCUUGUGUUGUUGUGUAGCUGUGCUGUGUUGUGCAGCGCCAUGUUGCUAUGUGGUUUAACUGUGGUACUGCAUUGUGUUGCUGCGUGGCGCUAUGUAGCUGUAUUGUGUUGUGCAGUGCUAUGUAGCUAUGCUGUGGUUGUGCAGAGCCAUGUUGCACUGUGGUGUAACUGCCGUACUGUGUUGUGUAGCUGUGUGGUGCUGUGUCAUGCAGCAAAGCUCCUUGCUAACGAUGUUUCCCCAUCACAGACCUCCAGCCCCUGGUCGGCCGAGCCCCCGGUUACCCCCAGCUUCUACUACGAGGAAGAUCAGUACUCUGAGGCGGGCAGCGCCCUGCCCGAGGUGUGUGAGAAGGGGUCCAUCCAGGUCUUUGCCCGCACCUACCAGCCCGCUGUCUACCUGCUGCUGUCGCUGCUGGGCGUGGCGGGGAAUGGCUUGGUGCUGCUCACCCACGCCCGCUACCGCCAGGCCCACUCCGUGACCGACGUCUGCCUGCUGCACCUGGCCGUGGCCGACCUGCUGCUGCUGCUGACGCUGCCCUUCGCCGUGGCAGGCUUGCUGCAGGGCUGGCCAACGAGCACCGACGCCUGCCGGACCCUGCACGGCUUCUACGCCCUCAACUUCUACAGCGGCUUCCUCUUCCUGACCUGCAUCAGCGUGGACCGCUACGUGGCCAUCGUCCGGGCGCCCACUGCCUUCCGCCUGCGCCCCCGGGCCCGCUGCUACGGCUGGCUGGCCGCCGGGCUGGCCUGGCUGCUCUCUACCCUGCUGGCACUGCCCCAGUUUGUGUACAGACAGGCCGAGCCACACCAGGGCCGCCCGCUCUGCCGGGUGCUCUUCCCUUCCAGCAUCUCCAAGGCUGCCCUGGGAGCCACCAACCUGGCCCAGGUCAUCCUGGGCUUUGUGCUGCCCUUCCUGGUCAUGGCCUCCUGCUAUGCAGCCGUGGCCCGCACCCUGCUGGCUGCCCGCAGCUUCCAGCGGCACAAGGCCCUCCGCGUCACCCUGGCCCUGGUGCUCGUCUUCGUGGCCCUGCAGCUGCCCCACAGCCUGAUGGUGCUGCUGGACACGGCCGACAUGCUGGGCAGCCGGCAGAUGAGCUGCGCCCAGAGCCGCCGCAAGGACCUGGCGCUGAUGGUGACCAGCAGCCUGGCCUUCGCCCGCUGCUGCCUCAACCCUGUGCUCUACGCCUUCGUGGGCGUGCGCUUCCGGAGGGAGCUGUGGCUCCUGGCCAGCGACGUGGGCUGCGUGGGCCGGGCACGGGGCGGGCAGUGCUCCAGGCGCCGGGCAUCGUUCUCCACCUGCCUGGAGACCGUGUAGGGGCAGAGCUGACCCAGGGCUCAGCCCCCGCUGCUGGGGCAGACCCAUGGGAGGAGGCAGUGUCGUGUUGUAACAGCACCCUCCCCUGGCCAUUCCAGGGGUAC